AGUGCUGCCCGUGAAUCGCGUCGAUCGUUACUUUCUUUUCCCUGUUCCCCGAAAUCAGUGAAACGAUGCCGUCGACCGCCGCGACCCGGAUGCCGAUCAUUUGACGAAAGAUUUGGUAAGGGUCGAUUUUCUUCGAUUGGUCGUUCCUCGAACGAACGCGCGCAGCUGUUUCUGAACAUGUCGGAAUAGGUACAACGUCCAGGUGAGCAGCAUGCGACUAGUCCCGUUGCUGGUAACCCACGGUCUGGUGCUGUCGUGGAUGCUGUUGGUACCGUGCCAGUCGGUUACCUUCGAGGACGGGCCGGCCACCGGCCAAUCAGAGGAACGAGAUAACAGUGUGCCAGUGCAACAGGAACAGGUGCCAUUCAACAGGACCAGGCAAGGUAAAGGUAUCUUCGACUGGAUCGGCCUGGGAACGGGACGAAACGUGGAUCCUUAUGUCGCGAAGACGAAUAAGGGCUGCUUGAACGGCGAUUUGGCGGAGUGCUUCAAGUCGCAGGCGUUGAGUUACUUUUCUGACUUCUUCGAUCACUCUCGCUACGAUCUGAAUGAUUACGUGAAAGUCGUGAGGAUGUCGGGGGACGUCGUUCGGGAGGUACAUCGUCAGCCGUACGAGUAUUCGGGGGAAGCAAGAUCCUCCGACUCAGAAUGGGACCAGCUAAUGAAGUUCGCCCUAAGAAAAGCAGAGAAGUUCGUGAAAACAGUGGCCAUCGAGUUGCACAUCCCAUCCGAAGAGACCGGCGACAACGAAGUGUACGCUCCUCGAUUCUUAGACGAGAUCGCUGACGAAAUCGACACUCUGGAGAACAAGAAGGACACUCUAUUCUCACGCCAUCAGCUGAAGAAGCUUCUGAUACCGAUGCUAAUCGUUCUGAAGCUGUUCAAGCUGAAAUUAUUGUUGUUCCUACCUCUGAUCCUGGGUCUGGCGUCCUUCAAGAAGUUCCUCGGCUUCCUGGCGAUCGUGAUACCCGGUCUGAUCGGUUUCUUCAAGCUGUACAAGCCGCUCAGCCAGAAUUACCACCCCCCUGUCUACAGCCAGAGUGGAAUCGGCUAUCCUUAUUACAAAGAGAACUCGAACAAUUACGCGUACGAGCAGGACGCGCAUGCUCCUGACUACCAGGGCUACCACAGGGACACCGUGGCCUUCGGCCAGGACCUUGCUUAUCGAGGCUACAGAGAGUAUCAGUCGUAAAAUGAUAGUUUCAGACUCUCUAUUCUUGAAAUUCGUUAGUAUUAUCAAAUAAUUGACGUAUCAGGGAGCAGAUUAGCAGAGUUUGGCUGCCGAAACUCUAAGGAGCAAAUGACCCACCAUGACUAAAAAUAGCAUUUUACAACGAGGGAAAUUCUUAGCGAUUCUCUUUGUACAAUAGUAAUAUUUCUGUAUUUUCAUCGAUCCUCGUAUCGACUACGACAGGAGUGUCUGAAGGAGAAAUUCAAGGGUUCACGCAGUAUUGCCAUAUGUGAGCAGCGUGUCAUUUAAACGUUAGGCAUCAUUUAGGAGUAUUGACUUGUAAAUAUGAUUAAACUUACGGAAUUAUUUAUU